AUGUCUCGUUUUCGCGAAUUGCAUCGAAAUAAAUUAGUAAAUGAAGUGAAUUCUCAGAGAAAUUUAGUAAACAAUACGAGUGAUUGGUGCAAGAUUGACCAGAAUGCCCAGACAAAGCGUUUUCAGCGCCAAUACCGGGAAGAGAGGGAUUUUCUGGAGCAGGAGAAAAUUCAAGAGGAGCUCCAGAGGCAGAAGCAGCGGCAGAUGGAUGAAGAAGAUCGAAGAAAAGCUGAAGAAAUGUUUGAAGCGGAACGAGAGCGAAUCUGCAAGGCCAAGAUGAGGCAACAGCUUAGGGAGAGAUGCCAGGAAUUGAGGGAAUUGGAAGCACAGCUGAGAAGAGCAUAUGUAGCGAAGGAACUGGCUGCUCAAGUUGCCGAAAAGGAUGUCCAAAAGCAAAGGCAGAAGCUUGAGAUCCAGAAGGAGCAGGAAUUUAUGGAUAAAGAGUUGGAGAAGGUGCAGAAAUCCUUGGAAGAAGAACGACUACUUGACAUUAAGAAGAAGGAAGCACUUCGGAAUGAUUUAAGGGAUCAAAUGGAAGCUUCUCAUCAGCGCAAUAAAGUCCUGUAUGUGGAGUUCUUGAAGGAGAAGCAGUUCCUCGAUGAAAUUGUCAAUCAAAUCUAUGAGGAACAAAUGGAGGAGACGAGACUGAAGAUGAUUCGAAAGCGUAGAGCUCUCUCUGAACUGGAUCAAUUCAGGGCGUCUAAAGAAAUCUUCAAGGAACAGCAGAGAAGGAUGAAUGAAGAUGAGAAUAAACGAAUUAUGGAGUACUUGGAAAAGAAGGAUGAACACAUUCAGAAGGAGUUGGAGAAGAAAAAUCAAGAGAGAGUGGAGAAAGAUAAAGUAACUGAGAAAUUGUCAAAGACACUCACGGAAAUUGAGGAAGAAGCUAAGAAGAGGGAGGAAGUCAUCGUUGAGCUGCGGAUGAAGGAAAUGGCUGAGAGAGAGGAGGAAAAUUUAAGGCAGCAAAUGGAGCGACAGCUUCGCAGACGAAUCCAAGAGAGAUUAAUUCUUGAGGAACAACGACGUGAACGUUGGAUGCGUGCACAGGCAACCAAGGAGGAAGAGAUGCGCUUCAGGGAGGAACAAUUGCAAAUUCUAGCUGAGCAAGAUAAACUGGAGCAACUCACCAAGGAAGCUAAACGACGGAAGCAGCUGGAACAUCGUAAAGCUAUUGAAGAGAGUCUAGCAGAGCGUAGGAAACGGCGUGAGGAAGAAAUUUCUUCGGCACUCCAGGAAAAGGAGAUGAAUCUCCGAGAGGAGGAGCGUAUGCAGCAGCUCAUUGAGGAGGAGAGAAUAAAGAUGCUGAAGGAACAUGCCACGGAACUUCUUGGUUUCCUUCCACUUGGGAUUCUGCGGGAGAGUGAUCGUCAACAUAUUUCAUUGCCAUCAUCAUCGUCCAAUGGUCCAGAAAGGAAUGGAAAAGAUUAAUUAGCGAAUUAUCCAUAUAAUUUUAAUUGAAAAAUUUAAGAAAAAAAUAAUUAAUUAAGAGGGUGCAAUUCCCAAUACGACUUGCAUUUGCUAUGACAAUCUUUAAAUCACAAAUCGUUGGGAUUAACCUACGCACACCCUGUUACAGCCAUGGGCAGCUGUAUGUUGCCAGCUCCAGGGUAGGAAACCUGGAAUCAACUACAAAAAAAUGAAUUUAAAAGCUAUGCAAAGCAUAUGCUGUAGUG